UAUAAUUUUUCAAUUCAAAGCACAAAUGUAUUGAGUUUUCAUUAUUUUUAGAACAACGUAUUUUGUUGUUUAAGUAUUCCUCGUCGGAGGCAUCAGUAAAACAAACUUCAUUACAUAUCUUCAAAGUAAAUCGGUAAACAAGUUUUUUUGCGGUGACUGACAAUUUCCAUAUUGAAGUGAACUAGUAUUGAUUAGGUUUAGUGCAAAAAGAUGAAGAGAAUGGUACGGGAGUUUUAAAACGCUAAUCGCCCAAUUACAUUCCAGUAAUAAACUGUAUUGAAAGUAAUUGAUAAAAUUAUCGGAAUGAAUCUCGAUAACUCGUCGAGAGAAAAUUCCGAAGCCUUGGACUCCAUCGGGACAGUAAGUCCGAGAGAAAAAUAUCACAGUAUGAGAGAAAAGAAAUUAUCAACUGCUUCACUAACAAACUCCGAAGGAGCACGCCCGAAAGUGGUAACCGUGAAACAUCCUGAGUCAAACAAGCCUAAACCUACAGCCAAGAAGAACAAACCUAUUCAAGCUGAUUUAGAUGUCAUCAAAGAGUUUAUGCGAUGCCGUGAGGAAGGCGUUAAGCGACUAGAUUUAAGCAAAUCCAGCAUCACUUCUCUACCCCCUAAUGUCAGAGACCUGACACAUCUGGUUGAAUUUUAUCUAUAUGGAAAUAAACUAGUUGCUCUUCCAGCUGAAUUUGGUUGUCUCACAAAUUUGCAGACACUAGCACUGAAUGAAAAUUCUUUAACAAGCUUACCUGAUUCCCUUGCAAAUUUAAAAUGCCUUAAGGUAUUAGAUUUGCGACAUAACAAGUUAAGUGAUAUACCAGAUGUUGUAUACAAGUUGACAUCACUGACAACACUGUUUCUUCGGUUUAACAGAAUCCGAGUUGUUUGUGAUGGAAUUGCCAAUCUUACUAACUUAACUAUGCUCAGUCUGAGAGAAAAUAAGAUCAAAGAAUUGUCUUCUGGGAUUGGUAAACUUGUUAAUCUGGUAACAUUUGAUGUUUCCCAUAACCACUUGGAACAUUUACCUCAAGAAAUUGGAUUUUGCAUUAAUUUGUCUACUCUUGAUUUACAACAUAAUGAUUUACUGGAUAUACCUGAAACAAUAGGUAACUUGCAGUCACUGACUCGUCUUGGUCUUCGUUACAACCGACUGACUGCCAUUCCUGCAAGCUUAAGCAACUGCAUACAUAUGGAUGAGUUCAAUGUAGAAGGCAAUUCUAUUUCACAACUCCCUGAAGGGUUGCUUUCUAGUCUUAAUGAAUUGACAAGCAUUACACUCUCUAGAAAUUCCUUUAUGAGUUACCCCUCUGGGGGACCUGCUCAAUUUACUAAUGCAUUUUCUAUAAAUCUAGAGCACAACCAAAUUGAUAAAAUACCAUAUGGUAUAUUCUCUAGAGCUAAAAAUUUAACCAAACUGAAUAUGAAAGAGAACUUGUUGACAUCUCUUCCACUUGACAUUGGAACAUGGAUCAAUAUGGUGGAGCUGAAUUUAGGCACAAACCAAUUAUUAAAAUUGCCUGAUGAUGUUCAAUGCCUUCAGAAUUUGGAAGUAUUAAUACUAUCCAACAAUUUGUUAAAACGAAUCCCACCCAGUAUUGGUAGUCUAAGAAAACUUAGAGUCUUAGACUUGGAGGAGAACAAACUGGAAGUUCUGCCAAAUGAAAUUGGAUUUUUGCAUGAUUUGCAAAAAUUGAUUGUUCAAUCCAAUCAGCUAACUACAUUGCCUCGAUCUAUUGGUCAUUUGAUCAAUCUCACAUUUCUUAGUAUUGGUGAGAAUAACUUGCAGUAUUUGCCAGAGGAGAUUGGCACACUUGAGAACUUGGAGUCAUUAUAUUUGAAUGAUAAUCCUAAUUUAUGCAACUUACCAUUUGAGCUAGCUCUUUGUGUGAGCUUACAGAUAAUGAGUAUUGAGAAUUGCCCUCUGACUGCUAUUCCACCUGAGGUGGUGUCGUCUGGUCCAUCAUUAGUUAUUCAGUAUUUGAAAUCCCAGGGCCCGUAUAGGGCCAUGUGAUAUCAGGAAGAUAAAAGCCUAAUGAACGAGGGCAUUUAAACUUGAAAGAGCGGGAUUACUUCAAAAUAUCUCCAGCUUAACUUGAAUUUUUCGACAAUGAUUAGAAGUCAUGUCUGUUAAAUGGAUGUGUAGUUACAUUAAUUGAUUUAUCUCUGAAUGUUUCUAAAGUUUUACAGUGUUUUUGAAGGAUUGCUUAAAUUUAAAUGCUCAUGUCAUAUUUCUACCAGUAUUCUGUUUAUAGUUGUAAUAUUUAUAUCUUUGUAUUCUAUAAUCAAUGUUUUUAUUUAGACUAAACUCUUAAAUAAAUAAUGAAUUAUGUGUAAGAAAAAUAAUAAAAAAAAAAAACAAAAAUAAUCAUCGAUGUUAGUAUUUAUGUUGAUAAUGUAUUUAUGAUGUACAUAUGUAAUGUGUAAAUGCAUUGUUUUCGUAACCAUAGGUUAUUUGAGUCUACAAUAGUUCUCCUGAGAAGAUUUUCUCUUAUUGUUACUAAGUACAUGUGGCCAAAUUAUAUGACAUGCUUUACUACUCUGCGAUUUGCUUAAAACCAAUAUUUAAUAGUUAGAAGUCUUCUGUUGUGAACUUGUAUUUUAAAAUAUUUGUGUAUAAAAGACUUUUUCAACAUUAUUAAUUAAGAUAUUGAAUAUAGCAAAAAUCAGUUUUUUUUAGUCAACAUACAAUAACCUUUUGGUUAAAGUACUUUGUUUUAGCUUUUUUAAUGUCAACUGAUCUAAGAUCAAAUGUAGUGUAAGUUUAUAUUAUUCUAGUUUGUUGCAUUUAUUAAUUGUAUGUUGAUAUCUUUUGGACUUGUAAGUAGUUUUUUAUUGCUUUAAAAUUGAAUUUUGUAAACUACCCCCAAAUUAUAUAUGCUGUAGGGUGAUCUCUAAUAGUCGCAAAUGUGAAGGAUAACAAAUCCUUUAAGGAAGUUAAAAGUUUUCUUAUUGCUUUACAAUGAGAUUGAGUAAUAUCAAUUUAAACUUUAUUAAAUGUGUAGAAUUACCUUACUUUUACUCUAAAUUGGUUAUAUAUCUGUAAUGUACCAUCCAAAAUUUGACAUUAAAUGUUUGUUGAUGUGGUUUUCAAAUGUUAUGAAAUUUCAAAUGAAUUUAGUAUUAGAUUUUUCUAUUGUAGUAAAUAAUGUUCUUAUGUAUUAAAAUAUUGGACUCGCUUUGCCAGACCCUCAAAUGUAAAUAUUAUUUGCUUCUACAUGGGUCUAUUUCGUGUGCGCGUCAAAAGUGACCACUUUACACAUAAUGCCAAUUGUCCUGUUAACUUUAGGAGUCGUAACUAUUUGGUAUGUGGAUAACGUUCAUUAGUACGACCGGUGUGAGUCAAACUGAAUUUGUGUCAAUGCAUUUAUCAUACCUUUUUACUACUAGCUUUAGUAUAUUUGCAGUCAUAUCUGUUAUAAAAAAUUUAAUAUGUUCUAUAGAUUGCUUCAAUCGAUUCCAAAUAAUUGAUUUUUAAUUCUAAUGAGAUUUUAUCCAGUGUUUUUCAUUUUUAUCGUAAUGUUAAGUAUUUAUUCAUAUUUUAAUCACAGUUAUCGUAAUAACUGAUUAAACAUGUGUAUUGUAGAAUUUUUGCUUUUGUAAUAUGUAGUCACGUAAUUUAUAUGAUAGUAGAAAUUAAACUCUGCUUUGUGUACCUCUAUGUGUUUGAAAAUAUUUAGACCAAUGCUUUACAUGAAAAAAAGUAGUAUAAUUGAAGAUUUUGAAAACACUGGAUAAACUUUUCCGGUCCCAAAAAAUGUAACUAACAAAAGAAUAUUCAUAAGGACGAAAAUGAUGAAACAUAAGUAUUGUUAAAUUAAUUUUUAUGUAUGCUUUUUACAGCUUUAUUUAGAGUUUAGAGAUGAACUAUAUAGGUUUUCCACUAUUAGCUAUUGUUUAAUGACAUG